UUUGUGACCUCAGCUUCACUGAAUGGUACCGACCCCGCUUAAUAUUUCUCCUCGUUCCCCCCGUCUUCUAGUGACUUCAUUCUCACUUCUAUCGCAAUAUGUGCCCAGUAUCACUCGUAAACUCUUCGGUUCCACGCCCGAUGGUGGCAGUCCUUCAGCACUGCACGCCUAUGCAAAGCGUGCGGCUGCAAGCACUCACGGACCCGAGUUCAUCGUCUUCGCGUGUCUCAUUCCUGUCCUCGUCCUCCUAUCAGGUGUAUUUGCCGGUCUGACUCUAGGUUACAUGAGCUUGGACGAGACCCAGCUUAAUGUGUUGAGUAUGAGCGGCACUCCGUUCGUUAGAGUUAUUUGUAUUCAUCUGCUGUCUUCCCUGAUUGUCCGUUUUACAGUCAACAAAAACGUUAUGCUGAGAAGAUCAUGCCUAUCAGGAAAAAUGGCCAUUUACUGUUGGUCACACUGCUUCUUGCUAAUAUGAUCGUCAACGAGACCCUACCUGUCAUCUCUGACCCCAUUCUCGGUGGCGGAGUGCAGAGUGUAGUCGUCAGUACCGUCCUAAUUGUCAUCUUCUCGGAAAUUAUUCCACAAUCGUUGUGCACCCGACAUGGU